GCUGUUCACUACGACUGAAUUCAAGAUCUGUCAUUACGGGUACUAUAAGAGAAGAUAAGCAUCACUUUCUACCAUGCAACAAUUCUGAAAUUAUAUCUACCAACUGCUCCAAAGUUUGUAAUAAAGCGGCGAGCUGAAGCGGGAAUCAGGAGAAGAGAACCAUUUGAUGGAAGAAAAGAAAAAGAAAAGGCACGAAGAAAAGAAAAAGAAGGAAGCUGCUCAGAAAAAGGCUGCUGAACAGAAAACCAAAGUGCCAGACUGUGCCCGGCCCGGCUCUCUGCCCCCUCCUAACCCCAGCGUGACCGCGGCAGCGCCCCCUGUCUGCAGCAGUGGCAAUGGCAAGCGUGCCCCGGGCAGCACCCAGCAGCAGCAGGCCCAGCGAUACCCGCCCCGCGAGGUGCCCCCGCGCUUCCGGCAGCAGGAGCACAAGCAGCUGCUGAAGAGGGGCCAGCCUCUCCCGGGGAGCGGGACCCCCAACGCCAGCGCCCCCGCCUCCCUCAGCUUCCCUGGGACCGCACACACAGAGCCCCCCCACCCGAGUGUCCUGGGAGCGCAGUAUGAGAACCCCCCCUGGGGACCCCCGCCACCCACCAAUCGGACCGGCUGGGAUCAAGUGAUCGUCGAGGAGAGCGACCCCGAGGCCUGGCCUUCCGUUUCCCGCGGCGACGGCCGCCCGGCCGCGGAAUGCAAGAGCGCGGACACUGAGGUCGUCACGGAGACCGGCAGCAGCAGCAGCAGCAGCAGCGGCAUGGCCACCGGAGCCGGCCAGCAAGGCCACUUCCCCCCCCACCACAAGCCCGGCGCCAUGGUGACCGGCCAGGGCGGGGCCGCCCGGGGCUGGAGCUCCGGCCCCGCCCACUGCCCUCCCUCGGCCGGGCCGGAGGGGAAGGGGGACCCCCUGCCUCCCGGAGGGAGGGGCCAACCGUGCUGGGGCUCCCCCAACUUUAACUUGAACCUGAACCCCAACGCCAACCCCUCGGCCUGGCCCGUGCUGGGGCACGAGGGGCCGGGGUCGGGCGGCUCGGGGGACAGCAACCCGCCCCCCUCCGGCCUGUGCGUCCCGCCGCCGGGGGGCGGCGACAGCGCCAACGGAAACCUCACGGGGACCGGCGCCUGGGGGGCCGCGUCCCCCCCCGACGGCCCGUCCCCGUCCACGAAUGUGUCUUUCAGCGCCGAACCUCAGAACCUUAACACUGACGGACCAAACCACGCUAAGCUGGAGCCCUCUAGCCCCGCCCGUGCUCUACCCGGAGGCUGGGGGGCCCCGCCCGGGACUUCGCAGGUGAACGGAGAGGGGGCCUCGGUUUGGGCCGAGGGGGACGCCAAGUCCUCCGGCCCCAAGGAUUCGGGCUGGGGCUCCGGCCCCGGCCCCGGCCCCGGGCUCGCGCCCUCCUGGGACAACGGUGGCGGCUGGGGUCAGCCCCACGGGGAGGAGUGGGGCAAGCAUUCGGGUGAGGCCAAGGGCUGGGAGGGGGCCAGCAGCCCCCCUCGGGAGCAGCCGAACUCCUGGACCCGCGCCGGGGAAGUCAUCGGCGACGCCCCGCCCAGCGAGGGCAGCAGCGACAGCGUGGAGGGCCGCGGCGGGAGGAGGGAGCUUUCACCAGAGGAGGCCCCGCCCGUUCCGGCCCAGGACCUGGACCCCCGCGUGCUGUGCAACACCGGCUGGGGUCAGACCCCCGUCCACCAGCACACCACCUGGGAGACCGAGGAGGCGGCGCGCUCCGCACGCAAGAAGGACAACGGCACCGCUGCCUGGGGCCCGUCCUCUUCCUCCUCCUCUUCGUCUUCCUCCUCGUCCUCGUCCACCGCUCCCAUGGCUACCCCCAGAGGGUGCAGCCCACCCCCCGGGACCACCCCGCGGCCGGACUCGGGAGGAAAAGGUGAAGGGGGUGGGGGCGGGUCCGGUGCCUCGCCCGGCUGGGGAGGGGUGGCCCCGACCCCCGGCCAGCCCAGCUCUGGGUGGGGGGAACCUGCCCCAGGCAAGAAGGCCCCUAAUGGAGGCUGGGGUGGCCCCCAGAAUGCUGGGCCACAACAUGCAGGCGGCCCCAGGGGCAGCCAGUCCUGGGCUGCUGAAGAGAAGUCGCCCGGCUGGGAUGGCACCCAAGCCAAGCCCAAAAUGCAGGGCUGGGGGGAAGGGCCCAAGCCCCCCGACGGCUGGGCGAACGGGGGAGGAGGAAGAGGAGGGAACCCCACAGGAGGAGACUGGGGUGACCCUGGGGAAGGGAAGAAGAACGGGCCUCCCCCCUGGAAGGGGGAAGAAGGUGGCUGGAAGGAGAACCCUCGUAGCUGGAGCAAGCAGGGCCCUGGAGGGGGAGGAGGUUGGGGUGACACCCAGAGACCAGGUCCUCCAGUCCAGGGAUGGGCCAGCAAGCCCCAGGAAGGUGUCAACGGUGGCAAUGGAAACGUGGGGUCAUGGGGCAGUGCCAACGUGGGGAAGCAGUGCGGGUCAGGCUGGGGAGGGGGUGGAGGGGGUGGAGGGGGUGGAGAAGGUGGUGGUGGUGGUGGUGGUGGAGGAGGGGGAGGAGGAGGAGGAGGAAGUAGUGGAGGAGGAGGUGGUGGAGCAAAGCGCGACCCUCCCGGAGGAGAGCCCACUGGAUGGGAGGAGCCUUCCCCGCCCUCCAUCCGCCGAAAGAUGGAGAUCGACGAUGGUACCUCGGCGUGGGGGGACCCCAAUACCUGCACCAAGACCGUCAACCUGUGGGACCGCAACAACCCUGUGACCCAGGGCAGCCCGGCGCCCGGCAACAAAAACGGCGGUGGUGGCAGCAGCAACCCCCCAGCGCCUAGCAACAGCGGCGGUGGUGGCAACAACAAUAAUAAUCACCCGCACCUCCACCACCACCACCACCCCCCCCAGCCCCACCCCCCCCAGCAACACCCCCACCCACACCACAAUCCGCCCCCAGUGCAGGCUCACGGGCACGCGGCCCCUGCCAACAGCAACAACGCCAACAGUGGAGGCUCUGCCAACAUGCCCCCCGCACACCCACACCAGCCUGGGGCCCCACAGAACAGACCGCCCCUGGCCAAUCCAGGGUGGGGCGAUCUCCCCAGCAUCCACUCCAAGCCUGAACCCGCGUGGGGCGAACCGGCCUCCCCCGCCCCGCCUGUGGACAACGGGACCUCGGCCUGGGGCAAGCCCCAGGGCAGCCACGGGGGCUGGGGCAACGGCAGCCCUGAGCCUGCGGGGCCGUACGGCAGGGGCAGCGCACCUCCAGGGCCGGCCCCCUGCAAGCCAGCCCCCAAAUCUAUGCAAGACGGCUGGGGAGGCGGUGGGGAGGAGCUGGGCCUGUCCGGGGGGCAGUGGGAGCAGGACGACGGGGACAUGUGGAACAGCCCCGCCUCACAGGAGAGCAACUCCUCCUGCGGCUCCUGGGGGAACGCCCCGAAAAAGGGCCUGCAGAAGGCGAAGCCGGCCGGUAAGCAGGACGAGGCCUGGAUCAUGAACCGCCUGAUCAAGCAGCUGACGGACAUGGGCUUCCCGCGGGACCCAGCUGAAGAGGCACUGAAAAGCAACAACAUGAACCUGGAUCAGGCCAUGAGUGCCCUGUUGGAAAAGAAGACGGAGCUGGACAAGCGGGGGAUGGGGAUCUCUGAGUACAACAACGGCCUGGCCAGCAAGCCCACGGGCUGCCGCCUGCCCACCCUCUCCAAAGAGCCCCCCUCCGACCGCAGCCCCUUCGGGGACAAGGUGAGUCCCGUCCCGUCCCCACCUGUUAAUGUCUCUCUCUCUCUCAGUGCAGUGUUAAUGUCUCUCUCUCUCCCCCAGGUGCAGGGGGGUGGGAUGUUUGGUGGAGCAGCACAAGCCCGGCCCAUGCAGCAGCAGGCUCCGCCCCCUCAGCCGUCAGUGCCCCUAAGCUCCGCCCAGCCUAACCUACGAGCUCAAGUGCCUCAGUUUCUCUCCCCUCAGGUUCAAGCACAGCUCUUGCAGUUUGCAGCAAAAAACAUUGGUCUGAACCCUGCACUUUUGACCUCACCAAUCAGCCCUCAACAUAUGACUCUGCUGAACCAACUUUACCAGCUGCAGCUGGCCUAUCAGCGUCUGCAGAUCCAGCAGCAGAUGCUGCAGGCCCAACGCAACGUAUCCGGGCCCAUCAGACAACAAGAGCAGCAAGUUGCACGUACAAUCAACAACAUGCAGCAGCAGAUCCAGCAGCACCAGCGCCAGCUGGCCCAGACCCUCCUGCUCAAGCAGCAGCAGCACCCCGGCCACCCCGGCCUCCACCCCGGCGCCGGCAAGUCCGCCCUGGACGGCUUCCCACCCCACCCCCAGGCUCCGGGCCUACCCGACCUGCAGACCAAAGAACCGCAGUCUUCUCCCAACUCCUACGGCCCCUACUGUGAGUCUGGACUGAACCCCAACAUGAAUGUAAGCAACAUGGAGGUGGGCGGCCUGUCCAUGAAGGACCCCCCCCAGCCCCAGUCCCGCCUCUCCCAGUGGACACACGCCAACUCCAUGGAGACCCUGUCCGGAAGCUCCUCCCCCCUGGAGCCCAACCUCAGCAAGCACGGUGCCAUGAGUGCAGGCCAAAACCUGGGCCCCCCCGGGAAACCGCCCCUGGAUGACUCCUACAGCCCCUACAAUCUGAUGUCCAGCUCGGAGUCCCCUGCCAGCCCCUUGGUCCCCCCUGACAGCUGGGGUCAGGGCAAGAACUCCAACGACAAGAUCUCCAACGGGACCAACAUCAACUGGCCUCCAGAGUUCUGUCCCGGAGUGCCCUGGAAGGGACUACAGAACAUUGACCCGGAAACGGAUCACAUGACCCCAGGAAGUGUUCCCAGCGGCCCUACCAUCAACACCAACAUCCAGGACGUGAACCGCUAUUUGCUGAGGGAUCGAAGUGGAGGCUCCUCCCCAACAUCAGCUCAAAACGAGGCGCCGCCUCCCGGCGACUGGCCAAUCGGUGCCUACAGCAGCUCUUUCGCUGUACCCUCCCCGGAGACUGAGGAUGCAGCUAAGUUGUCUGAUAUGAAGUCCAGCUGGUCUCCGGGGCUGUCCCACCCCCAGGCCUCUCUGUCCCACGAGCUCUGGAAGGUUCCGCAGGGCCCCGGAACGCCGCCACCCCCCCGCCCCCCACCUGGCCUGACCAACGCCAAGCCCUCCUCCACGUGGGGAGGCACCACUGGCCUGGUGCCUGGCUGGAGCAGCUCCUACUCCUCUGGAACCACCUGGAGUACAGACAGCUCCAACAGAACCAGCAGCUGGCUGGUCCUGAGGAACCUCACACCCCAGAUUGACGGGUCGACGCUGCGGACUCUGUGCCUGCAGCACGGGCCGUUGAUCACGUUCCACCUGAGCCUGCCGCAGGGCAACGCCGUGGUGCGCUACAAGCUCCAAGAGGAGGCGGCCAAGGCCCAGAAGUCCCUGCACAUGUGUGUGCUGGGAAACACCACCAUCCUGGCGGAGUUCGCGGGCGAGGAGGAGGUCAACCGCUUCUUUGCACAAGGCCAGUCCCUCGCCUCCACGCCCGCCUCCAGCUGGCAAGCCAACCCGGGAACCAAUCAGACGCGGCUGGGUGGGCCGGGGGCGGGGCCGCAGCACGCCAUGGGCCACUGGAACAGCGGCGGGGGCGGGGCCAAGCCGGGCGGCGACAUGCUGUGGGGCGGGGUCCAGCAGUACUAGCUAUGGGGGCCUCCGGGAGGGGAGGAUGGGCGUGUCAUCGGGAGCCCCCACCCCUAUACAACGCUGCUUCCUGGGGACCUUCUGAGCGGAGAGUCCAUGUAG